AUGCAGCUGUCGCCUCACCUGAGCUGCACCUGUCUGCAGCCUGACAUGUGGACGCUGCAGGAAGCAGGAAGCCUCCCGGUGGCUCCGGCUAAUGAGAACACUCCACAAGCCGCCAUCAUCAUGUCAGCGGUGAGCGGGACGGCGUGGGAGGGAGGCCCCGGACCGCUCCUCCUCCGUCACUCAGCCGCUUAUUCAUCAUCGGCGGGCCUGUCGGUGUCGGCGCCGCUCAGGAAUCGGGCCGGGCGGAGCUGGAGGACGAUGGGGGCUGCCGCCGUUUCUCACCUGCUGUGGCUCCACCUGCUGGGCCUCGUCUCCAUAGCAACACCCCUCAACCCGGACGACCCCAACGUCUGCAGCCACUGGGAGAGCUACGCGGUGACGGUGCAGGAGUCCUACGCUCACCCCUUCGACCAGGUUUACUACACCCGCUGCACCGACAUCCUCAACUGGUUCAAGUGCACCAGACACAGGAUCAGCUACAAGACGGCCUACAGACGGGGAGUCAGAACCAUGUACCGGCGCCGCUCCCAGUGCUGCCCCGGGUUCUACGAGAGCGGAGACCUCUGUGUCCCGUUAUGUACUGAAGAAUGUGCCCACGGACGCUGUGUGUCUCCUGAUACCUGCCAGUGUGAACCCGGAUGGGGAGGCCUGGACUGCUCCAGCGGCUGCGAGAGCGACUUCUGGGGUCCCCACUGCAGCAACCGCUGUCAGUGCCGCAACGGCGCCAAAUGCAACCCGAUCACCGGAGCCUGCGUCUGCACCGACGGCUACCAGGGCUGGCGCUGCGAGGAGCCCUGCGACGCCAACUUCUACGGCAAGGACUGUCUGCUGGAGUGCCAGUGCCUCAACGGCGCCACCUGCCAGCACCAGACCGGAGAGUGUCUCUGUGCACCAGGAUACACCGGAGCCUUCUGUGAGGAACCGUGUCCUCCAGGUAAACACGGUUCUCUGUGUGAGCAGCGAUGUCCGUGUCAGAACGGAGGAACCUGCCACCACGUGACCGGAGCGUGUUCCUGCCCGGCCGGCUGGGUGGGUCCGGUCUGUGCCCAGCCGUGUCCGUUCGGCUCAUUCGGCAUCAACUGCUCCGAGGACUGCACGUGUCGUAACGGCGGCCUGUGCGACCACAUCAGCGGUCAGUGUCAGUGCACCGCCGGAUACAUCGGAGAGAGGUGUCAGGACGAGUGUCCGGUCGGUACCUUCGGACCUCAGUGUGCUCACAAGUGCGACUGUCAGAACGGGGCCAAGUGCUACCACAUCAACGGAGCCUGUCUCUGCAACGAAGGCUUCAAGGGUCCCAGCUGCCAGGACCGGUUCUGCCCCGCCGGACUCUACGGACUCAUCUGUGACAAAUACUGUCCCUGCAAGACGGCCAACACCCUCAGCUGCCACCCUCUGUCAGGUGAGUGCACCUGCGCCGCCGGGUGGGCGGGGCUUUACUGCAACGAGACCUGUCCGUCAGGCUUCUACGGCGAGGGCUGCAGGGAGACGUGCAGCUGCAUGAACGGGGCCGACUGCGACGGCGUCACCGGAGCUUGUACCUGCGCGCCGGGAUACAUCGGCGACGACUGCUCCAUCAGCUGUCCCGCCGGCCUCUUCGGGACCAACUGCACCACUUCGUGUUCCUGCCACAACGAGGUCUCCUGCUCGCACGUGGACGGGUCCUGCGUCUGCAGAGAAGGCUGGCAGGGCGUCGACUGCUCCAUCCCCUGCUCCAGCGGCACCUGGGGCCUCGGCUGCAACCAGACGUGUCAGUGCAGCAACGAAGCCGCCUGCGAUCCGGCAAACGGGACCUGCAGCUGCUCGCCGGGGUGGAGGGAGGAGUUCUGCGACGUGCCCUGUCCGGAGGGAUCCUACGGACUGGACUGCAGAGAGCGAUGCGACUGCCUGAACUCGGAUGGCUGCGACCCGGUGACCGGGUUCUGCCGCUGCCAGGCCGGUUGGACCGGCGUCCACUGUGACGGCGUCUGUCCGGAGGGCCGCUGGGGACCCAACUGCUCGUACAGCUGUACCUGCGAGAACGGAGGCUCCUGCUCACCUGAGGACGGCACCUGCGUCUGCGCACCUGGUUACCGAGGCAGCAGCUGCAGGAGAGCCUGCUCUCCAGGUUUCUUCGGCCAGCGCUGCAGCCAGUCCUGUCCUCAGUGCGUCCACAGCGACGGCCCGUGUCACCACGUCUCCGGCCGCUGCGAGUGUCUGUCCGGCUUCUUCGGGUCGCUCUGCAACCAAGUGUGUCCUGGGGGGAAGUUCGGUAAAUCGUGCAGCGAGUCGUGUUUGUGCACCAACAACGGAACCUGUAACCCGAUCGAUGGAUCCUGUCAGUGCUUCCCCGGCUGGCUGGGAGACGACUGCUCCAAACCGUGUCCUCAGGGCUCGUGGGGUCCCGACUGCAUCCACACAUGCAACUGUCACAACGGGGCCCAGUGCAGCGCCACGGACGGGGAGUGCAGCUGCAGCGCCGGAUGGACCGGACUGUACUGCACGCAGCGUUGUCCGACGGGUUUCUUCGGCUCUCAGUGCGCUGAGGUGUGUCGCUGCCAGAACGGAGCCGACUGCGACCACAUCGGCGGUCAGUGUUCCUGCAGAACCGGCUUCAUCGGACAGAGCUGUGAGCUCAAGUGUCCUGCCGGGACGUUCGGCUACGGCUGCCAGCAGCUCUGCGAGUGCAUGAACAACGCCACCUGUGACUACGUGACGGGAACCUGCUACUGCAGCGUCGGCUUCAAAGGGAUCCGCUGCGAUCAGGCCGCCCUGAUGAUGGAGGAGCUCAACCCGUACACCAAGAUCAGCCCGGCGCUGGUGUCGGAGCGGCAGUCGGCCGGCGCCGUCCUGGGCAUCGUCUUCUUGCUGCUGCUCAUCGUGGCCAUGCUGGGCCUGGUGGUGUGGUUCCGGUACCGGCAGCGGGAGAAAGGCCACCACGUGCCCAACGUCAGCUACACGCCGGCGCUGCACAUCAACUCCACCGACUACUCGCUGUCCGACUCGUCGCCCGGCAGCAGCUGCUUCUCCAACCCCAGCUACAGAACUCUGGGGCCCUGCAGCUACUCGGCCCACUACGCCAAACCGGACAAGAGGUCCAACAAGAUGAAGGUGAAGAAGCGCCACAGGAACAGCGCUCCGGAGUGGGGAGCCUACUGUAACCUCAGCGACAUGGGAGUCUACUGCAUCGACCGGCGCUACAGCUACCACCUGGAGCCUCGCUACAGAGACUACAUGAAGGGCUCCUUGUCCAGCACCUGCUCCCUGAACAGCGAGAACCCCUACGCCACCAUCAACGACCCGCCGGCGCUCUGCAAGCACUCGGAGAGCAGCUACGUGGAGAUGAAGUCGCCGGCUCGCCACGAGCACGCCACGCACUGCUGCUCGGCCGCCGCCGCCAUCAUCACCACCACGACCAGCACCACGGCGCCCACCAAGAACAUCUACGACAUGGAGCCGACCAUCAGCAUCGUGCAGGGUUCUGGUACCGUGGUGGUUCCUGGUUACCCUCAGAACCCGUACGACCUGCCCAGGAACAGCCACAUCCCGAGUCACUACGACCUGCUGCCGGUCCGUCCGAGUCCCUCCCACAGCCAGAGCCCCCCGCUGCCCGGCAGCCCCACCAGCUCGCUGCUCUAA